AAUUGCCGCGAGGACGAAAGACGAGAACGCACGCGCGAGACAACACGGAGCAGGUCGACGGUGGUGCACUAUGGUAUGCACGGCGGUUCUUUAUUACAAAAAAAAAGAAAAAAUCCUGCGGUGGAUUUGUUUUACGUCGCUACGCGCCUCGAGCCUCGCGCGGAACGGAAAGGUUAUGCCGUUUUUAGCGUCAGCCAAACGCGAUUGAUUCGCGGCGCCUCCUCGUAGACGCAACUCGCUUCUCGGCGUUCCUUCGUGGGCGGAGAAUUGUAGCGAGCAGUGACCGUAAGCAAUGAAAUUUUUAAUUGUCCGGUGACAUUCUCCUAGCAAGAGAAAGAGAGAGAGAGAGAGAGAGAGGGAGAGGGAGCGAUUACGGACAGGUGUGUCUUCGUUCGAAUGUGUGCACCGCCCCACCAGCUCCGCGUGAGUUCCUCGCGGUCUCCGGUUUCAUCGGUCGCGGUUUCGUCGGCGAAACGUGUAAAUGGGCGCUACGAACUGAAAACAAUCUAAUCCCGGGGACCCGAUGACUGUUGACGAUACGAAUUACUAUAAGGCAAAAAAGAUGAGUACUUCUUUAACGUCACUUCAACCAAAUAGUCAAAGCUUGGAAAGGCAAAAACAUGUCAAGACAACAACGGAAAGACUUUAUAAUAGUCUUACCAAGAAGAGAAAAGAUCCAAAGCAAACAAGUAUUCAAAGAAUGUGGAUAAACUAUGAAGAUUGCAAAGAUGACUUUUGGGCUGCUAUAAGAUCCAAUUAUGAUUAUAUUAUGGAUACUAAUUUAAUCGACACUUGCAAGGAAGCAAAUGGCGAAUUAACAUGGGAUGAAACAGAUGUGUCGACACAAUCUUGGAAUUUAAAAGAAGUCAGUAGCCAAUUUCUAGAGCUUUACUCAUGGUUAAGAAUUCUUCAAGAAAUGGUUUAUUCUAAGGAAGAAAAUCUCUUAGACAAAAGCCUGCGUGCGGCUCAUAUGGAGGAGCUACGACGCAAGGCAUACAGACGCAAAUUGUUCAAUGAGCAAGCGGAAAAAUUAAUUUCUCGCGCCCCUGCUUUAAAAGACGAAGUGGCAUGGCGUGUAGAUCAUUUGAAUGCAAAAUGGGAAUUAGUAGAACAAAUUAUGGCGCCCAUAGACCGACCUAUAUCUAGUCAACAAGAUAUAUCAGCAGAUUUUGAACGUGAAGUAAAAUGUCUAAGGAAAUGGUUACGAGGAAUGGAAUCGCGUCUUCAACCUUUGAGCUUUCACAUCAAUUGGACUCUACCUGAAUUAGAAGAAAAAGCAAUAGAGCAUAUGGUACUCCAACGAGACAUUAAGGCGCACGGACGUAUCGUCAGUUCGGUUGUCAAAUUAGGAGAUAAAGUUUUCACGCAACAACAGGAGGAGCAAAAGCAGCAACAUCAAUUUUCGCAGCCUUUGCAGAUAGUAAGAUCGUUAGAACGCCGUUGGCAUCAACUGUUUCUGCUCUCCUUGGAAUGGCAGUAUCACAUUGAAACCCUUGUAUCUCGUAUAAGAAAUAAGAACGCCGCGCCUUGCAGUAGCGAUAGCGACGAGGAACCAGUCACGAAACAGCCUCGUCUCAGUCGCGGACGAUCACGCGGCUCCGGAACGGAAUCGCCGGGACAGUCAGCCCGCUCGAGGCGUACGGAACGCGCCAAGCGCGUCGCCGGACAGGGCUCUGGAUCCGAGUACCUCGAGCAUCAUUCAAUCUCCGGAGCGAGGACCGAUCCGUCCGACAGCGACGCCUCUUCCGAGAACCGAUCCGUCGGCGAAGGAUCGUAUUUCGAGGAUGAAUUAUGUCAGCUGUGUGUGAUGGACGCAAGGUCCGACGAAUCGGCAAAACGAGACGCCACCAGUUCCAUUACAUCUAGUGUGGAAGAUCGAGGAGAGGAAGGUGACGUCGAGGAUAACGGAAUAAGUGUCAACGAUAUGCCGCCUACACCAGAUACUGUACCGAUAACAACAUCGACGGCAGCAAUACAAGAGACAUGCGACGAAAUCGAUGCAGUUGGUACCGUGCAAAUUAAAAGUACAGAAAAAUCCAAUAAUGAUCUGCGGACGAAGACCGAACUUGUAAAACGUUGUGGAACAACAGAAGUUGCUUCGUUCAACAUGUCUGAUAGAAAAUCAAAAAACUGUGCUACUUUUUAUUUUAAACAUUUGGAUACCGAUUCCGAAGCGGAUUGUAGUCAACCAAUUCAGGAAUCCUCAAAUACAGUGGAUGAUUCCUCCGAGGAGGAGUGGACUUAUACUCCUGCUUGUCAAAAUAAUUCGUUUACCGUUUCGGAGCAGCACAAGACGAAUGUUGUAGUUCGUCUAGAUUUUGAUGAAAGCCCGCGAGUAGCUAUAUCAGAAAAAAUGCAUUUUACACAGGCGAAGAAUGCAGGCAACGAGAGAGAAAUGUCUGCAGAACAUAUGCACAAUCAUGAUGCUCAACAAAAGGAUAGCGAUGAUGAAAGAAAGAAUGAUAAGUCAAGUAUUCAGAAAUUAAUUAAAGAAGUUGAAAACUUGAUUGGUGAAGAGCGACACACAGUCUCGAGAAGUUUCUCACAGUUAGUAUUCGAGGAGAAAAAUAUAACAAAUCAUCGAGCCAAGUAUGCGCGCGUAAAGGAAUGGUUAAAGUUGAACGCUUCGAGAAGUUAUGAGGGCAGAUCACAGCCAUUAGAUAGUUGUGAUGCCAGCGGGGAAUAUACAACAGAGGAAUCCGAUGGAGAAAGACAAUCGAUAUCGUCUGACGAUUUACAGAGCAGUGUUGCGACUUAUCGCCGAUUCGAAGGGACUCUCGGAUGUAUAUCGCAGUCUCCUUCGCAAGAGAUACUGUAUAAUUUUCAGAAAACGCCUGUUAAUGAAGUACCCCCCGAUGAGAAUAUGCCCAAAGUUGUAAUGCGCUCAAAACAAAAAGCAAAAGGAUCGAGACCGUGGAGCGUUUCUUGUAUCUCUCAAAUCGGAAAUAAUCCUAAUUUGGCUCAAAUAAAUGAUCCUAUUUUAGCAUUCUCUAUAUCUGAGACUGCGCUCCAUCAGUUAGUCGCAACUCCACCUACCAAAUCCGUAUCUUUGGAUGCUACAGGAACACGGAAAUCAUUUAAUUCUACAUCUACUUUAUUAGAAGAGUCUCUUAUAUGUCCCGAUGAUCGCGUAGUUAGAAAUAUUUCAUUUCGUAGAAAGAAAAAUAGAUUGCGUAAAAAGACUUUGGGUCGUAAGAGCGAAUCUAGUUCGGAAAGCGUGCAUGCCAAUCAUCAUUCAGCGGGUAGUGAUGGCAGCUCCAACCAACAACGCUUGUCUCGUAAAAUGAAUCUAAAUCGCACAAUGUAUACAGUUCCGAAGGAAAACUGCCAUAGUCGUUCGACGAAUCUCGUCAAAUCCGGAUCUUUCUCGGGCUGUACCGUCUAUCAACAAUUACACGCAGAAAAGGCGCUUGCUAAUACUUCUACGCCGCUCAGACUACUUUGUUGCAAGUCAAUUACUUCUACAUCAGAGAUUGAAGGCGAAGAUCAUAAUUGUGCUCAAGGACAUCUCGCUUACGAUAAUAAUAUGUUGAAUAACGCGGUGAAUAGCAAAGAACUAACAAGUCAGCAGUUAAAUGUAGAUAGUGAUGUAGAGAUGAACAGUCUUGGUAACAAUUCGUUAUACGAACAGGCUUGGGAUAAUUACCAGGAGAAGUAUAUGAGUGAAGCUUACAGCGAACCAUUAGAUGUAGAGAUGGCUCGACGAUUAUUAGAUUUUGGAGAUGACUAUCGAAAUUUCCUCGAUAGUCAGUCAGAAUGCGCAUCCAGUAUAAGCGCAAUUCCUGCUAGUUCGCCAUUGCCUAAGAUUCGCACGUAUCAUGAAAUUGGCGAUAGUACGGAAGAAAGUGAUAGUGAUGAAGAAGAUUUACGAAAAGUUGUAGAGAAUUCACAAUCACAGCUUAUACUUGCUGAAAAUGCUUUUGUAAGAUCCAAUGGCGUGAUUCCUGCAGAAUUCGCCGAAGUGGAGUCUUCAUGUAAAGAAAACUUAGGGUGCUUGAAAACUGUAUUGGACUCGCAGAACGGAUAUUUGCGAAAUGAAAAAUAUUCGAAACAAAUUCGCGGUAUGAUUGAGAAAUGGGAGACUUUGGCAUCGCGAGUCGAGCAGGCGCAAAUGGCCGGUUCUCUUCAUCGUUCGCUGGCUGCCAUGCGAACAAGAUUCAAAGCCAUACACGAUCGACUUUUUGAUUAUGAAGUCGUCCUGGAGCCGCAUUUGCUCGAUGAUCGUAUUAAUAGAAUCGUUGCCGACAUAGCUGUUCUGAAUGACCACAAGACUGCGAUGCUCGCGUUGAAUGUCUCCGCGCAUCGACUGAUUACCGAUCUCGGUGCCUCCGCACCCUUAAUCUGCACAGCCCUCAAGGACGGCGUGGCAGAUCUUUAUAGGAUAUAUGACGAGACUUUACAAAAAUGUAAUCAGCAGUUGCGCGCCUUGCAAGACGUACAACAGUUCGGUACAUGCUUGGCCGAACUCCAAUCCGCUCUGCAGAGGGACAAAGAAUCUUUGGCGGUUUUGGAGGUAGCCUUGCAAGCGGGAGCCACUCCAAGAAUCGCUUCCUCCGUCAGUCACUUCGCUCGACUUCUGUCCGAGAGACAAGACAUCAAUUGUCAGAAUGACACGGUGCUGAAUGACACGACGACAGAGGAGGUGCACUGCGUAAAAUUCACCGCUACUUCCGCGAGCAAUCUUACGCAGGAGGGCGGAUCCCUCUCCGAUAGCGGGAUCUCCGACGGAAGCGGAAGCGAGCAGGAGCUGAGCAAGCGCGAGCACAGGUUGGCGAAUCUUCGCAGAAUAACGCGUAGUUUGGAAGCCCAACUCGCACCGGGCAAUAAGACCCUGAUUGAAUUGAGGAAGAUGAUCGAGGACGCCGAGAACGAGCUACGCGAUUUGCAAAGGCAGUGCAGGGAACUCAUCGUGCGCACUGCGGCGGCUAGUAUGGACGCGCGUGCCAUCAAACGAACGGCAACCAACCAGAUUCAUUAUCCUGCGGACAAGCGCAAGAAAGCAUCCGAUCAUGAUGCCGAUUCAUCCAAGAGCGACACGGAAUUGGUGCCGAUCGCAAAGAGCAAUGCUGAUGUCGCUAACAGCGACAAUCCCGACAACGAGCCGAUUUCUCGAAGUUGGGUCUGGCGAAUCCGCAAGUGUUCACAGUGCUGCUGUUUUGUCCUUAUCUGCCUGCAGGUCGUCCUUGUCUGUGUCGAAUACUUCUUGAAGCCAAAUUGUUGCGAGACUAUGUUAUCUACGUUAUCCACGCUAUUAUUACCGACUUGGUCCCGCAAUCCAAAAGGACCACCGCCCGUGUGAGCAAAUAUACGGCAGGUAUACGCGCGUAAUAAACGCGCAAUCGAAAAAAAUAUCGACGCCAAGAAUCAAUGAAUUUUUGGUGAAAAUGGAUAAUGCAAUAUUCAUUUCGAUACACACGCGGCAUCGUUAAUUAGAGCGAUUAAGUCCGCGGUGUAAAGUUGCUCGCGAUUUUUUCCGCGAGCACUAUCGAUAUAUUAUUAGGUUGUUUUAAUUUUAAAUGUCUGAAUCAGCGAUGCAUUGAGAGA